AUGUCUGACAAUAAAGACAAACAAAAAGCAUCAGCUAAUAAUAACUCCAAUUCCUCAAGUUUUAUAACUCCCAAAAAUGUCUUCAAACCCCAGAACAAUAUAAUCCAGACUACAGUUGCAUGCAACCCCAAACCAAAUCCUUUCGAAAAAUUGAAUGAUGAGAAUUUGACUAUUCAAUCUGGUACAUCAUCAAUCACUGAAUCAACAAGUUCGUCCAUCUUAUUAGAAAUAACAAAUUCAGGAACUACUGGAACAAAAAGAAGAAAAGGUGGUCCUAAUAAACAAGAAGUCAAUUCCCCAAGAAUUCGCAAACUUAAAUGGAUCAGUGAAGACGUCGAUUGUUUUGAAAUCACAGUGAACGAAACAAUUAUUACCAGAAGAUUUGAUAAUGCCAUGGUUAAUGGUACAAAUUUGUUAAGUAUUGCUGUGGACUUAGGCCGAUUGACCAACAACCAAAAGAGAGAAGUAUUAUGUGGUGUAAAUGGUAGAGUGGUUAUUAAAGAAGGUCCAAAAGAUCUCAUUGGUACUUAUAUCCCAUUAAUUAAUGCUCAACAAUUUGCUCAAAAGUAUAAAAUAUCUAACUUAGUAUACCCAUUUCUUGAAACUAACUUACAGUUUAAUGACCAAUCUUCAAAUUUAUUAGAUUCUUCAAAUAGAACCAAAAGUAAUUCCACAAAUUCAAUCUUAAAGUCUAAUGACGAAGGUACAUCCUCAGCAUCAGUACAAAUGUUGGAUAGGGAGUAUGAUCAAUUGGAAAAAACGACAAAAAAGUUGAAACUAAAUGACGGAACUUCGAAACUGGUAGACAUAUCAAGUUCAACUCACAACAACAAAAACAAUGUGGCUCCGGAAAGUGGUAAGUUUAAUGCUAAAAGUGUUCUCGAAAAAUAUAAAUUUUUGGAUUUGUUUAUGUGUAAAAGCAAUAUAAAUGUUGAAAUGUCUAACUUAAAAUUUCCUCAUUACUUAUGGGUCAACAAGGAUCUUGAUUCUGUCGAUGAAGGUAUUUUUGUUUUGAAUAAAAAUAUUCAAAAAAACAAAAAUAUGGAUUUAGGUGUGAUGUUAAAAAAUAAUGGCAUCAUAUUGCUACAGGAUUUGGGGAGGGAAACAUCAAACAUGAUUAAACUGUUCAUUGAAAAGAACCAACUCAAAUUUCAAUUUUAUCAUGAUGAUCAAGUAGGUAUAAUUGUUGCCAAUAAAUUUAUUAAGGAUUCAAGAGGUAGAUUAAUUGUACCAGAUAAAAAUGGAAAGAUUAAUCCAAUCUUUGUUAAAUUAAAUAAAUUUUCAGCUCAAUUAGAUAAAUCAUUAGAAGAUAGAAUUAUUGACAUAACUAUCACACUUUUCGAUAGAGAGUGGCUUUUAAUUUCAUGCUAUUUGCCAAAUGAAAUGAAUGGAAUAAAUACUCAAUUGAAUAGUUUAGUUGAAAAUUUGAAAUUGACCAAGAUACUGACCUUGUGUUCUGGUGAUUUGAACACCGAAAAAUCUAAUCCAGUUUUGAAUGAUUUUUUUUCUUCAGAAAAUUCUGAGUUUGCUGAAUUAAUUGGGACACGGUUUACUCGUUUUGGGAGCACCUGCAGCUCCCCAGAUUUUGUAUUCAUGAAAAAAGGAGAUAGAAAAAUGCUAAAUUAUUCGGAAAUGGGAUUUGAUCUUAUUGGAGAUCAUGCCUUCCUGAGGUUUGAAUUAAGAAAUAAUAGUGAAAAAGUAAUGUUAAGAUAUGCUGGUGACAACAACAAUGAGUUAUUAAAAUUAUUCAACAUGAGGAAUGAUGCUAGAUCGGAGAUUCAUUUGUUACAAAAUCGAAUAAAGAGUUUGAAUACAACUAUGACCCGAAAUUCAACUAAUGCAAUAGAUGGCUCAAUUGGAAAUUAUGAAUUAUUAUUGAAAAUGAAAAGAAGAACAUUGCUUCAUGAACUAGAGUUAACAAAAAUAAGUUAUGAAAACGUUUGCAAUCGGUUAAAGAAAGAUGGUGGUACAACAACUGGUGAAAAAAGUUGA